AGUAAAGUGAGAUCUAUAACACAGACACAAUCGACUUACAUAAACGUGAAAAUGCGUUUGGGUUCGGUGCUGUGGCUGCUGACGGUAUUUUUCACUGUAACCCACGCACAUUAUGGGCGCUUCGAUUUCCACAGAUUCUCCAAUUCGCUCUACGAGAAUUUCAAUACAGUAACCAAUACCUUGAAAUCGGUACCGUUGGUUUCGCAUGUACAAAAUUUCACGGAUUUUGCGACCCAAACCGGCAAGACCUACGCCACCGCCGCCGAGCGACAUUUGCGCGAAGGAAUCUUUCGAGCACGUCAUCAAUUGGUUAAUUUACAUAAUUCCGCGUCCAAGGGGUACGAAUUGACCAUCAACGCCUUUGCCGAUUUGACUUUUACGGAGUUUAUACAGAAAUUGACGGGCAACAAAAAAUCAGCGAGUGGCGAAUCCAGAGCCGCGCUAGAACGUAUGGAGGCCGCACCACGCGCUUGCCGGGUACCAGAAUCUUUCGAUUGGCGCUUACAAGGUGGCGUUACGCCAGUAAAAUAUCAAGGUGACUGCGGCUCCUGCUGGGCCUUUGCCGCCACUGGCGCCAUUGAGGGACAUGUCUUUCGACGCACUGGCCAACUGCAAGAGCUCUCCGAACAAAAUCUAGUCGACUGCGGACCCGUAGAAUACGGCUUAAACGGCUGUGAUGGUGGUAGUCAAGAAUACGCAUUCGAUUUCAUUAAAGUAGCUCAGCGGGGUGUGGCCACAAGUGACUCAUAUCCAUAUUUGGAUAAAAAGGACACAUGCAAAUACAACGCAGCUACAAAAACAGCGCAGUUACGGGGUUUUGCAGUAAUUAAACCGCGGGAUGAGCAAACAAUGAAGGAAGUGGUGGGCACUUUGGGGCCCAUCGCAUGCUCAGUAUAUGCUAUUGAGUCGCUGUUGCUCUACGGUAAAGGCAUUUACGCGGAUGAGGAGUGUAAUAAAGAGGAAGUGAAUCAUUCGGUGUUGGUGGUGGGCUAUGGCAGUGAGCAGGGCAAGGAUUAUUGGAUUGUGAAGAACUCGUGGGACAAGAAUUGGGGUGAAAAUGGUUACUUUAGAUUGCCACGUGGCCGAAAUUUCUGUGGCAUUGCGGAGGAGUGCAGUUAUCCUAUAGUGUGAGGGGUUCUUGGUAGGAUUUUGUGUUAAAUUUUGAGCUGUUUUUGUAGUUAAAUAUGAUGGAGCUAAAUAAAUGACGAAUUUAUAAAUUAAAAAUGUAUACUUUUUGAUG